AUGAUCGGCCGAUCAGCUCUGACGAGGGGAGCCCGUCUUGCCCUCCGCCGGCAGGACUGCGCCAGCGUCGCCCAGCGACGCGGGUACGCCGCCGUUUCCAACGAGACCGCAUCCUACGAGUCGGCAGACAUCAACGGCAUCAAGGUCGCCAGCCGCGACCCCCGAGGCCCCACCGCUCGCGUCGCCGUCGUCGCAAAGGCCGGCACCAGGUACCAGCCGCUGCCUGGCCUGUCCGUCGGGCUCGAGGAAUUUGCCUUCAAGAACACCGACAGGCGGUCGGCCCUGAGGAUCACAAGAGAGUCCGAGCUGCUGGGUGGCCAAUUGACUGCAUACCACACCCGAGAGGCUCUUGUGGUGGAGGCUGCCUUCCUGCGGGAUGACCUGCCCUACUUCACCGAGCUCCUCGGUGAGGUCAUCACCAAGACGAGGUACACGACCCACGAGUUCCAGGAGGAGGUUGAGAACAUCGUGCACCUGAAGCAGGGCAAGCUCACCAACAACGCUCUGGGCCAGGCCCUCGACAACGCCCACUCGGUCGCUUACCACAAGGGGCUGGGCUCCUCCAUCUACCCGUCCAGCUCGACGACCUUGGGUCCCUACCUGAACGAGAACUCGAUCGCCGCUUUCGCCGAGACCGUCUAUACCAAGCCCAACAUUGCCAUUGUUGCCGAUGGCGCCAGUCAGGCCAGCUUGUCCAAGUGGAUCGAGCCCUUCUUCAGGGACGUUCCCGCGGCAUCCUCGAGCCCCCUGCAACUGUUCACCGAGGCUACCAAGUACUACGGUGGCGAGCAGCGUACUUCUCUUGCCGGCUCCAACGCGAUGGUUCUUGCCUUCCCCGGCCACAACCUGCACUCCGACAAGGCCGACGUCGCCGUCCUGACCGCCCUCCUCGGCGGCAAGUCCAGCAUCAAGUGGUCUCCUGGCUUCAGCCUCCUUUCCAAGGCCGCCGCUGCCGCACAGGGCUCCACUAUUGUGGCCAAGAACCUGGCAUACACCGAUGCCGGUCUCCUGACCAUCCAGAUCACUGGUAGCUCUGGCGCAGUAAGGAAGGGCGCCGAGGAGGCCGUCAAGGCUCUCAAGAGCGUUGCCGAAUCUGGCGUCACCAAGGAGGUCCUGACCAAGGCCAUCGCGAAGGCCAAGUUCGACCUGCUGUCCCAGAACGAGCUGACCGGCACCGGUAUCGUCUCCGCGGGCAACAGCCUGAUUCACGGCGGCAAGAUCUUCCAAGUCACGGAGGCUCUCAAGGGCUACGAGGCAGUCACUGCCGAGAAGAUCAAGGCGGCGGCGAAGGCGUUGUUGGACGGCAAGGCGACGGUGGCGGCAGCGGGAGACCUGUAUGUGCUCCCAUACGCAGAAGAGAUUGCUGUUUUGUCGCGGAUCCUGGAAUCGCCGUCACGAUCCUCCACCCCAAAGAAACCCGUUCAUCCUCAACCCCACCAACAAUCAGACAAGAUGACGUUCGCGUGGAAGGCCGCCGGCCUGAGCUACAACCGCUACCUCGCCGUCGCCGGCCGCGUCGUGCGCCGAAGCCUGAAGGACGACAAGCGACUCGCCGCCGAGCGCCGCGGAGACAUGGAGCUGCGAUUCGCCAAGUGGGAGAACGGCAAGCAGGGUGAGGUCAAGAGCCUUGCACAAGCGAACGCCGCCCUGCCCGACAGCCCCGGGAGAGAGGUGCUCCAGGGGUCGAGAUGGAAGCAGUUUCUGGGCCUCUCGCUGAGCCAGCAUGGCCUAUCAGACCUGGACGAUGAGCCUCCGCCCCCCAAGAUCACCAGCGAGGCCGUCAUAACCACAGACAUUACGAACAAGUUUAUCACGGCCUCUAACACGCUCGAGCCGGGCGAGCUGGUCAAAGAUGGCUUCUUCACGCUGUUCGAGUCCGUCGGGGCUCUCGAGAUCAUGGACCCGAAGAUGGACAGCGGGUGUCUUGCAGAAGGCGAGUCUUUAGAUGACGACUACGAUGUGACACGCCCACUGCUCCCAAAGGAGGUGCUGGGUAUCAUCGACCAACUUCUCUGCCAUGAGGUGGCGUGGCAUUUGGGUUACCCCUUGUCCCAGACACUUUUCACCAGCGUCUACCUAGAAGCAAUCAUGAUGCCGCAGCCAGUUGUGAUUCAAGAAGCUCAUUUCACACGCAAUGCCGAGGACUUUGCCCACAAGGACCCCAUGCUCUCUGUGCUGAGGGCAUACUGCCUGGGUCUGCUCAAAGCAUGUUGGUACGUGAACGAACGUAUCAAAUUUGAGCACUACUAUGAGGAGGAGGACUUUGUAACAAAUACCUACCACCGCUCCCUCCUCGACAAUAUCGACAGGGAGGAGAUUAGGGAUGUCUUGCAGGAGGCUCGCCGCCUCCUCCGUAGCCACCAGCAUGACAUAGGGCAGGAGAUUGUAGAAGCAUUAGACUUUCGUCUGGAGCUCAGGUAUGCCUUCCUGCGUGCGAUAGAGCUCUCUGAGCUAAGGAGCCACCCGGAGUCCUUGAAGACACCCUGGAUUCAGAUGAGGUCCAUCCUGGAGCCCAUCAACAAGUCCCACCACCUCGGCACCCCCGUCGCCGAAUGCUUCAGCGCAAAGCUUCAACGGCGGCUGGCCAGCACGAUGCCCCCUCGACCUAUUGUCCAGCUCAGCUUUGAGGACACAUACUCGCAUCUCAAGCGCCUGUUCGUAGACGGCAUUGAGGUGACUGACGUCCUCAAGUACUCUGACUCACAAAGCCUGCUGAACUUCGUCCUGUCCUUCCAGGCCAAGAAGCCCCAACCGCUGGUGUACAUCCGCACCCUGUUACAGAAUUACCUCUUCAAGGACAUGAUCCUGCUGGGCUGCCUCAGCAUCCGCCAGGUAUUUGACGACGACCUGUCCAUCGUGGUACUCCCAUGUAGCAGACUACUCGACCCGGCAAAUGACAAGGUGGAGAGCCCGAAUGACGCGCGCUUUGCGAUCGCUCACCAGAUGGAAAUAUUCCGUCAGCGUGCCGCUCAGUCGUAUCUGGACGUAUUCCGCGCUUUCUGUCAGAACCGAUGCCGCGUGCGGCGCACUCUGUGCCACGCGAUCCAGGACUGGGAGGCUGUCCAGGCCGACGCCGAGGAGUUGGACCAGCUGCUGCAGAUCGCGCUGGACGAGAAGCCCAUGCAGUACCAGCCAUUCGGGUCCGGCGCGGCCAGCCCGACCUUCUCACUCCCGUUGUCGAGCUGGGCGUACCUGUACAAGCUGCGGCUGAUGGAGUGGAUCGUGCAGCUCGGCUUCGAGCUCGAGGUCUACCAGCAUGACGAGCUGGGAGGCAUGUACUGGUAUCUCAGCUAUCUCGCGCGGACGCGGGCCGCGCACGUGGAGCGCAUCAAGGCCUUCGCGGUGCGCACGCUCAACGACCUGCGGGCGAGGCCGUCGUCCUUCACGGCCAGCCAGGAGGCGCAGGUGACACGCUCGCUGUCGUAUCUGCGCGCGACGAUCCUCGACGCCGCCGUGACGUGGGAGCUGGCCGACGCGCUGGCCUCGGUGUAUGCGCUGGUGUACGACCGUCUGCGGCUGGCGUCGCCGCCGCCGCGCCCGUACUCGUCCGACGCGCUCCGCUACGAGAUCCGAAUGCGGCCUUUCCUGCCCGUCGAGCUGCCCGAGCUGCCUACCUUCGCCGACUUUGACCACUCCGCCCGCCAGCCUGACAAGAGCGACCGCACCCUGCUCGAGCAGGCCGAGGCCGCAGUCACCGGCGCCAAGAAGGGCUACGAGCUCCUGACCAAGUUCGACGAGAAGGAAGCCUUCGCCGCCGGCGAGGGCACAUAUGGCCGCUGGCUCGCCGGUACGAGGAAUGGCUUCAAGAGCGUCAUCCAGGCCGGCCUGGCCACGACGGCGCUGAGGAAGAUUCUCGACGCGCGAGACAGGGGCGAGGAUGUCGAGGCCCCGGUUGAGAUCCUGGGCCCGGACAAGGGAUAUCACGAAUGGUGGAUCGUGCCCAAGAUCACGGUGAAGAGGAAUCCAGCUGCCGCCGAUGUGACAGCUACAUGA